UUAAGAUGUAAGAGAACAAAUGCAAGGUGAUUCUUUGAUCAACUAAAGAUGCAGCAGAGCAAAGACUAUAUUCAGCAGGUGCUGUUGUCCAGACUCUACUUCACACUUUCCAUUCCAGCAAAACAACUUUUGAAGCAAGAUGACUUAUAAAAGUUGGCGUAUGAGGAUUUUAUUAAGGCUGUUGUCCAAAAUAAAUAUUCAUCUACGAUGAACACUUCCCCUGAAGGAGAGACUGUGAACUCUUUUGCGAAAACAAGAACUCUGUUUAAAAUUAAAGAUCCUUAACUGUAGGUACACAUAAGAGGAGUGCAUCAGAAUGUACAUUAAUCAUAGAAGAGUAAGAAAAUGCCAAUUUGUACAGCUAUUUGCCACUUGUUUUGUGCUGUCUCUCAUGAUUUUUUGGGCACCACUUGACAAUAGUAUUGUGAGCCACAUGAAGUCUUACUCUUACAGAUACCUCAUAAAUAGCUAUGAUUUUGUGAAUGAAAGCUUAUCUAUCAGUAAGGACUUGGAUAGGGUAGCAGGCUGUCAAUACUUGAUCAACCACGAGGAGAAAUGUCAAAAGCAAGAUGUUCUGCUGCUGCUACUUGUGAAGUCUUCACCUGAGAACCGUCACCGGAGAGACUCUAUUCGGAAAACGUGGGGUAAUGAAAGGUAUGUCCGUUAUUAUCUUCAGGCCAACAUAAAGACCCUGUUUGUGUUGGGGCAGCCAAGAAACCUUACAGACAGAGACUAUAUGCAAAUGAGGCUUCAAACAGAAGACAAGUUUUACGGCGACCUGAUUCAAGGAGACUUCUUAGAUACUUUUUACAACCUUACCCACAAAUUACUCUUGCAGUUUAGCUGGGUAAAUAAGUUCUGUCCUCACGCCAAGUUUGUUAUGUCAGCAGAUGAUGACAUUUUCAUCCACAUGCCAAAUCUUGUUGCAUACCUCCAAAAUCUAGCACAAGUUGGUGUUCAGAAUUUUUGGAUUGGGCGUGUCCAUCGUGGAGCACCUCCCGUAAGAAACAAAAAAAGCAAAUACUACGUUCCCUAUGAAAUGUAUCCCUGGCCUGCAUAUCCGGAUUACACAGCAGGAGCUGCGUAUGUAAUAUCGAGUGACGUAGCAGCUAAAGUAUAUGCAGCCUCACAGACUCUUAAUUCAAGCCUUUACAUAGAUGAUGUUUUCAUGGGUCUCUGUGCCAACAAAAUGGGAAUUGAACCACAGCACCAUCCCUUUUUUUCUGGGGAAGGGAAGGCUCCAUAUCACCCAUGCAUUUACAACAAAAUGAUGACUUCUCAUGGACAUGUAGAAGACCUUCGCUAUCUUUGGAAGCAGGCUACGGAUCCAAAAGUGAAAAAUAUUUCCUCUGGAGUUUGGGGUAAAAUAUAUUGUAGAAUUGUUAAUGUUAUGCUUCUUUGCAGAUUACACUAUCAGGACACAUAUAACUGUGUUGCUGCAUUUUCUUAAUACUUGAAUAGACUUGUUGAGCCAAAAAUCUGAAAUCUCCAGCUCUUUUCUCCCUUGAAACAUGAAAAAUGAACAUAAAAUAUUAUGUGAAAACUUUUAAUGUGAAAGUUUACCUAUAUCCCACACUCAUCUAAUGGCUUCAUCAAAGUUUUCUUGGCUCUAUUGAACCAUAUGCUCCCAUAUGUUAGAGUGUAUUUGUCCAAGAGACUUAAGAACUGGCUAGAUAUUACUGAAAACCAUAUGUUUACACUUCCAAUUCUAAACUAGCUGUAAUUACCAUAUGGAACUGAAUUUGGAAAACAGAUUAUUUAAAAACCAUGUACAUCUUCUGUUUAUAAUAAGAUUUGGAAAGAGCAGGUAAAAUAGGCAGCUCAAAUAAAUGCAAUGAUGAAAGUAUUGAUGUACCAGUUAAAUAAUGUUUUCUCCCCAAUUCCCAUGCACAGUCACAUGUUGAUUGUAUGUCUUAUCAAUCCAAUGGCACUAUGCCUGUUACCACGACAUCACAAUCCAUCACAGUGAUAAUUCAGUCCUAACUUUAGAAACCUUGAUCCUAUACAAGUGGUGCUCAUGCUGGCUUCAAGCACUGGUUCAAAUGAAUCCUGAAAAACUUCAUCUCUUUCAAAAUUUUGUAAAACAACUUUAAAAAAUGUAAAAUCUUGCAACCAAAGCACUGAUCUCUGAACAAAAAAAUCAUUAUUCCUCGCCUCCCAGUUGGUCUUCACUGCAAAUAUAUUUUCAUCCUGUUCACUUCUGUUAAACUUGAUCAGCAGGAGACACUUUUAUCUGAA